CAAGGUCGUCGCUCAGGCCCGGGGCCAACAGCCCCGAGUGGCUGAAUCAUGACUUGUUACCUCCAUCAUUGCCAUUGUCGUUUGAGUUGCGGUGCGUCGUUUGAUUCUACUUCUUUUCUGCUCCCGCGAACGAUUGUCCUGUGGACUGGCCCUUGCCGUGUGCUCUGGCCUCAUUCACGUCUUCAGUUUCACGCUAUCUGGAGAGAUUUCGUGAUAUUUUACUUUUUUUUAUCGUUUACAAUUCUAUCCUCAAGCCUGUCCUUGCGACAUUCAACGUCUUUUCGACAUCAGCCGCAGCCCAGUAAAUCCUCGUACAUGCGGCAGUGUCUUCAUACGAAUACCGAGUCGAGGGUGUCGAAGUCGCGAGAGAAGAGAUACUUCCAGUAGUACAAGAUGCCAGUGUAAGAGGGGGAUCGCUUAGUCGUCGAAGACAAUGGCAGCCUUGAUGGCAGACUUGUUGCGGAUGCUCUCGAGAGCCUCGCCCCACUGCUCCAGCUUGAACACCUUGUUGACAAUGCCCUCGGUCUUGACCUUGCCGCUAUCGAGGUAGUCGACGGUGGCGGGGAACAUGAAAGUCUCGGAGAAAGAACCGAUGAUGGUGAUUUCUGGGGAAACGCAGAUUAUCUUCGACGGA